UUAUAAAUACGCCAUCCGUUUCCUUUGCAGUCUGCAUCGAGAGAGAAAGAGAGAGAGAGAGAGAGAGAGAGAGAGAGAGAGAGAGAGAGAGAGAAUUCAGCUUAUCAAUGGCAACCAAGGUUUAUAUUGUGUACUAUUCUAUGUAUGGGCACGUUAAGAAGCUAGCAGAAGAGAUUAAGAAAGGUGCUGCAUCUGUCGAAGGAGUUGAAGCCAAACUAUGGCAGGUACCCGAGACACUCCACGAAGAGGUGCUCGGGAAGAUGGGCGCCCCAUCAAAGAGCAGCGAUGUGCCGAUUAUUCAACCAAGCGAGCUUGCUGAAGCCGAUGGGCUUAUAUUUGGCUUUCCCACGAGAUUUGGAAUGAUGGCAGCCCAAUUCAAAGCAUUCCUCGAUGCAACCGGUGGACUAUGGAGGGCUCAGCAGCUGGCGGGCAAGCCUGCAGGGAUCUUCUACAGCACUGGAUCACAAGGUGGCGGACAAGAGACGACUCCAUUGACGGCCAUCACUCAACUGGUCCACCAUGGAAUGAUCUUUGUGCCUAUCGGAUACACAUUCGGAGCUGGCAUGUUCGAGAUGGAUGAGGUGAAAGGCGGCACCCCGUAUGGUGCGGGCACCUACGCUGGCGAUGGUUCGAGACAGCCAUCUGAGCUCGAGCUCGCGCAAGCCUUCCACCAGGGAAAAUACAUUGCUAGCAUUGCCAAGAAGCUCAAGGGGUGUGCUUGAUUUUCACACGACAUACUCAAAUCUCUUCAGGAUUCGAUACAUUUUAGUGGCUUCCUCUAUCAUUUCAUCUUCCUCAGCUGUGGUCAUAAAAUAAAAUGGUCGGCCAUAUCAGAUUAUGUAUUCUAAGCCAAUGGCCUUGAUUUUUUGUUUUUAUUUUUAAAUACAGAACAAUGGUUUCUAUUAAUUCUAUCAUUUGCCUACCAUUAUUAGUUUAA